AACACAUCUAAGUGCUAAUUUUCAUGUUGCGGUCUGCACAUCACACUUGCAUGUGAUGAGUUGCGUGGAGUGCAAGGGCUCGAUCAUCACUGCUUGCAGUUUUAAUUGUGUAUUGCAUUUGCAUUGCAUGCAUUGAAUAUAAUAUGAAAUAUCCAUAAAAUAAGUCAUGUAGUCAGAGGGCAUAAAAACUGUAGGAACCAGUGCUCUAGUCUGUCUCAGGAUGUCUCCACAAUACUGGAACUGUCUUGAACUGACUCUUGAACAGGUCAUCUUUUCUGAGCACCUUUGAGGUGAUCUAAGUUUAGAGCAUGAAGGUUAACAAAAUGCAAUAGUUGGAUGAAACAAGGUUCAAGACAAAGGCAAUGCAGAACAAGACAGACAAAAGAAAUAUGCCACAUCAAUAUACUAUGAAAAUAUGUAAUAAAUAAGGCAUAGGCAAUUCAAGAUCAAGCCCACUUUCAGUUAUUUGUGAAAGAAAGCCGUAACAGUGAAGUGUAGUAUAUCAUCAAUAGGAAGUGGAGAAUAUGAAGUGAAGAUGGAUGCAGUGAGGUAUACCUAGGUUGGCAUUUCCAGGAGAAAGGUAAGAAACCAGUGUGUGCUGCUUUCUAUUUACUGAAUACAUUAACAUGUUUUCACUUUUUCUUUGAGGUUAUAAGGCAUCAUGGACAAAAGGAUUAAUGAAGACACUGAAUUAAUGAUUUAUCUGAUGUGGUGAUGACAUAGCAAGCCAGCAUUGAAGCAUUUGCAUUGAUUAUGUUUCUCCAUUCAUUUAUUGAGCCAUUUCUGCAGUUUCACUGGCAUUUCAAAGACUAUGUUUUAUAUUUUAUUUUUACAUUCAAGUGGCGUCUAAUGCACACCAUGGUAGACAGGUGCACAGGGAAAUGAAGACAUGCAAAAGACAGUGUUGAUUUCCUGAACGCUGUCAGCAUUGUCAGAAUAAUGGUAAAUUAACUGUACUUGUAUAGUGCCUUUCUAGUUUCUGAUUGCACAGUGAUUUAAACUAAAUGUCACAUUCACCCAUUCACACACACGUAUAGCAAGUUGUAGCCAUCAGUCAUCAAAUCCACAAAAUGAAACAAGAACCUCUUUAUACUGGAACCACACAUUGCAACAACCAAUCAAAAUAGUCAAAUCACAAACACUAGUAAUCACAUCAAUAGAAAUCCUUAAAAUGAGAUAUAAGAUCAAAUACAACAACACAGAAAUAUAAAAAACUAUAUGUGCAAUGAAAAGUAAGUCAUUCUUUCAAUUAAGUGAUUAAGUGAUAGGUGAAUGGGAAGUAACAUCUCUGCUGUAACUUAAAAUAUAAAAUUAUACUCACUAAAAAAUACAUUCUUUAUUUUUGUGAAACAACUGGAUGGAAUUUUUAAAUGGUGAGCAAAGCCAUCUAGUGUACACUAGAGUACAACACAGCAGCUUUGGAAUGCCAGAGGAGCCUCGCAGAGUUGCCUAUAGUCCCAUAGAAAACAGAGAAGGGAAGAGGGGGGGAGUGUCUGGAGAGGCAGAGAAGACGAGCGAUGAGGAGAAUGAGGUCUGGAGAGACAAAGCAGGGAAAAUAAUUGAAGGGUGAGGAGGUGUGAAGUCUGGAGAGUGUGGCUGCGAAUCUCUCCUCUCAACAUUCAGGGUCCCUGUUCUGUCAAUGGCUCUCGGCGGGCCAUGAUCCGUUCCUGGUGGACUGCCAGCGGGGCGGCGGAGCGCCUCCGCACUCUGGCGCAAGAGGACACGGUGACCGUGCUGAGAAAACCAGCGGCCACUGAAGGACACAACUGAUAUUUUUGGCUGCUAGAGUGAAGCAGCAUGCCAGCGAUCACUCACACCGACGGCGGGGUGUGAAGGAGGGGAGAUAGAGGCUAUGGACAUGCCGGAGGAUGAGUCGUUGUUGAAGAACCGGACCGAACACGGGCCAGAGCGGAGCCAGGGGGCAGCGCGUCCCGCAUGGGCAAUCACGGCGCUGGCCAGCGUGCUGAUCUUCACCACUGUCGUGGAUGUCCUGGGAAACCUGCUGGUCAUAGUGUCUGUGCUCAGGAACCGUAAAUUACGAAAUGCGGGGAAUGUCUUUGUGGUGAGCCUGGCCUUUGCUGACUUGGUGGUUGCAUUCUACCCCUACCCUCUGGUGUUAUACGCUAUCUUCCAUGAUGGCUGGUCACUGGGUGACACCCACUGCAAGGUGAGUGGCUUCCUGAUGGGCUUGAGUGUUAUUGGCUCCAUCUUCAACAUAACAGGCAUUGCCAUCAAUCGCUACUGUUACAUCUGCCACAGCUUCAGCUACGACAAGCUGUACAGCUACCGCAACACACUGCUCCUGGUGGCACUCAUCUGGAUGCUGACAGUCAUAGCCAUCGUGCCCAACUUCUUUGUUGGCUCACUACAGUAUGACCCACGCAUCUACUCAUGCACAUUUGCACAGACAGUCAGCACGUCCUACACAAUCACAGUGGUGGUGAUCCAUUUCUUUGUUCCUAUUGCUGUGGUCACCUUUUGCUACUUACGUAUCUGGAUCCUGGUCAUUCAGGUAAGGCGGAAGGUAAAGUCAGAGAUUCGCCCUCGCAUCAAGCCCAGCGACCUGAGGAACUUUAUCACCAUGUUUGUGGUGUUUGUGCUGUUUGCAAUUUGUUGGGCACCACUUAACUUUAUUGGACUUGCAGUUGCUAUCAACCCUGAAGCAGUGGCGCUUCGCAUCCCUGAGUGGCUCUUUGUUGUCAGCUACUUCAUGGCUUACUUCAACAGUUGCCUUAAUGCCAUCAUAUAUGGCCUGCUGAACCAGAACUUCCGCAGGGAGUACAAGCGGAUCAUCAUGUCAGUGUGGAUGCCACACCUCUUCUUCCAGGAGACAUCGCGGGGUGGUACUGAGGGCAUGAAGAGUAAACCCUCGCCUGGACUCAAUAACAACGAGCAAGUUCAAGGAGAAACUCUGUGACACUGUUUUUCUGCUUUUUCACCUCCUCAUCUCUCUAAUUUUAUGUUCACUUGUGCAGUGCCAUCGAUCAAACUCUACUAAUCUCUACUGUGCCAAAGCAAUGAACUCAGAAAUUCAGAUAGAGUCGCCAACAGUGAGUGUGACUGAAAUUAAAAAGGAAAAAAGAGAAAGAGAAGUGCGAGCAGUGCGCAAGGGCCAGCUGAGGAGGGAGCAGCGCAAACACCAAGGAGCAGAGGAUCCAGAUCCACUACACGGUGGAGGACCACCCGUUCCUGCAGCAAACCGGGUUUGACAUGCUGGAGCGGGAGCCGUCUGGGAUGCGGCAAAGUAUUAAUGCCCAUCUUGACUGUGUGGCGAUGUUGCUGCUGCCUCUCAGGCGCAUCCCCUCAAGUCUGCGCCCUUAAAAUAGCAUCUGAAUAAGUGCCACUGACUGUAGACUAGGUUUUUCCUGGUCUGUGGCGGAAUUGUUUUCUGAAACAGCAAAAUAGCACCAGGGAACGUUUGCGCCGGAACACGCCUCCUCUUUUCGCUGAACCGCCCCCCGGAGCGCAAGUUCAUUCCCUAAUUUAAGGACGUGCAUCGGUGGAGGGAAAAUUCCAAUAUGCGCCGAGUGCAAAAUAGGAAUUAUACAAGCGCCAGUGUACAAAGUCAAUUGUGCUGAGUGCAAGAUAGAGCCCUUAAUCUUAAUUUAAAGCAAAUAACCACAGAUGAUGGCAAGUAUACCUCGGAAUGACAAAAAUGCAUAAAAAAACACAAAUAAGUGAUGCUGCAGGAAAUAAUCUGUUAAAGGUGAAUCGUCCCCCCUGAAACAUUUUAGAUAAUAACUAGACCAUGAGAUCUGAUGUGGAUCUUUAUAGACCCUAAAUGAUGGACCCUAAUUUACCAGUGUUGGGGUUGUUAUGUAUAAUACAAAGUAGAGUCCUGCACCGGGACAGGUAACCUGCAAAAAUGUUGUCUAACGAGUAAAGUGGUUAUUCAUAAAUAUAUUUAUGAAUAAAUAAAGUACGGAUACGGGUAAAAGUAAACUAAAUGUGUGCGGGCAGCGGGUGAGAGUGAAAAUGUGUUGUUUCUUGUGAAGAAAUUAGAAAUGACAAUGACUGUGCAGUAUUUUUAACAUUUAAAUCUGUUAAAUAUCAUUAAGCCAAUCAGCCUCCAGUAUUUUCUUUUAUUGUGAAAGCCACAAGCUUGCACAUCCUCUGAGGAAACAUACAGCUACAGCAGGAAAAACAGGUGCUCUGCCAUCAGAAACCUUUCCAAUAACAACAACUCUCAGACCAAACCGCUGUGUGGAGAGUGACCUAGUGAACUGAUACAGGGCUUAAUUGACAUCAGUGCCCAGCUGAUCGUUUGGACACAGCAGCGGUUGGUGAUUAAUUCAGGUUGAAGGCUAAUUAUGAUUUUAAUUCAUGUUUCUACAUGUUACACUUAUAAUUGCACAAGUAAAAAUAUGAGUGUGUGUGUAGCAUGGGUCGGAUCGUAGGUCUUAAAUUAACGGGUCAGGUCUGACUUGACUUGAAGAUAAUUGUGGGUAAUGGGUCGGUUCUGGUUCUGAGCUCUGCGGGUGCAGGCGGAUGCGGGUUUGCAAAACUGGACCUGUGCGUGACUCUGAUACAAAGUAAUGCAUUACUUUACUUAAUUGUUUCCUGCAGAAAGUAAUUUGUUACACUACAUAUUACUUUGCGUUACCCUACAACAUUGCUUGAGCAGCAUUGUCAUAUACUAUCAAUUGAGUCAUUUGUUCACCAAAUAGUAGCUUUAAAGUAGAGUAGUACAGCUUAUUUUUACUUUUUGUUUUUUGUACCUCAUGAAGAGAAUCAUUUGUCAGAAAAAUACAAUAAACAAGACAGGCUGAACAGCCUUGGCACAGGGGUGCUAGAUGGUGUCUAUGUUUUGAUUCAUAUGUACUGUGCUAGUAUUUGCAAGUAUUUUGGCUCACCAAACAUGUUUAAAGGUAAACUGUAUAACAGUAAGUAUGGCAUCUUUAAUUUCUACCAGAAAAACAAUCUAUUAUUUUGUCUUUUUUUUUAAGAUAACCAUGGGUAAAUUCACUACAGCAUGAUGAAUCCCUAAAAGAUGACUUUCAAUCUUUCCCUUUGUUACUGGUGAAUGCCUCAAAUUUUUAAAGGACAUUUCCAUAGUUUGUCAAAGGUGCCUAAUUUAUUGUUAAUCAAAAUGCAGAUUUUACCAAAAAAACAUACUGACAGAAGGCUUUGUUGGUGUUACAGGUAUAUUGUUAUUAGGUUAUUUUUACCAAUGUCACGUAUCUGCCGAUAGGGCAGUGUUAAGGUGUGUUCACACUGAAGCCAAUUUUAGAGGCAGGUUAGUUAAUAUGGACAUGAACAUGGACAUAUUUUCAAGAUUAGAAUUACCAAAUUAGCACUGAUUUGAAAAUGUUUCAAGGCUUUAUGACUCCAGUUCAUAAACGUGUAAAGACUAGAGAAAAGGCGAGAGACUGGAGAUAGUACCAGAAAUAAUUAAAAUUUCUGGUGAGUUCAUCAGAAUCUUUCACAUAAACAGACACACACAUUGACAGUGCAUAUCACAAACCAGGAGGCCAAAAUUAUGUAAUUAAGUGCACAUCUUACUUUCUAUAUGUUACUCUAUAUGUGUCACUCACUUUUACCAUUGUAACAUGUUUAAAAUCUAGCAUAUUAAGACGCUAAAAGGGCAUUUACACAUUUACUUUCAACAUCUUAAUUCUAAACUGGGAGUCACCCCUUUCCCAUAAUUAAGUUGGAGACCAGUGUGGUUAGACUACGUUUUUGUUUAUUUUUAUUCUAUUUUUAUAUGAUAUCAUAGCACUGAAUUACUGCCCUGCACUCCCUAUAGGGCUUCUUUCUCUAUUCAAACUACUAAUGGUACUCCUACUACUAUAACAGAUUUUUUUUAAAAGCUAAACCAUAAAGGUAUUUAGCAGAUCAGUCUGAAAUGAUAAUACUCAUAUAUUAAACAUUAUUUAUUUAUUCCUAAUAUUAAACUUCUUCAUCAAGAUGAUCAGCUCUCAGUGUUGAACCAGGAAUGGACCAUCCAUAGCAACACAUCACAGCUCAGCCACGACCAGCUGGUUCUUCAGCUGUAAAGCUGGACAGAUGCAUGAGCCAUGUAUGAGGCACAUAAACAGAUAUAGCAGUACCUUUUAAUGGAAUGGAAACCUUACAAGAUGCAAAAAUAUCAAAGUAUAUACAUACUUUUAUUGUAUUAAGAUGCUAGAUUUUAAACAGUUAUGGAGCACUUUGCUUGUAAAGGCACAAAAAUCAUACACGAUAACAAACACAAGGAACCCAGCCACCUGGCUUGAGAUUAUGAGUACACUGCAUGCAAGUUUACAGCUUACAGUCAGUACAGCCACAUUGGGGCAAAUAAAAAUAAACUGCAAAACCACUCCAGCUGUCAUAUUUGUGCAAAUAUCAAGACAAAUUAAAAUUCAAGUUCACGAGUUCAUAUUUGUUUCUGAAUUGGUCUGAACACACCUUUAGUCAUCAGCCAAAUGCAGUGCUAUUACGUUCUGGGUUAGGUACUAUGUAAGCCUACUAUAAAGUCAUAAAACAAAGGUAUAUAAAAGCACAAUUAUUUAUGAGUCCCAGGUGACAGUGUAUUUAUGCAGUUUACAGGUUUAAAUCUUAGUAAAGUUUCAAUCUUAGUAAUGAUGAUAGUCACCACUUUCUCUAUGCAUUUCAUACUCCUUAUCUGUAGCAGAAAAAGAAAACCUUCUUUUGCUAUCACAAUAUUUGUGGAUAAUGCUACUACUGUUUUUAUCCAGUUUAUCUUGGUAAAACCAAAGCGAAUCAGUUGGCACAGGCUUGUAUCCAGGCUUGUCAUGCUGUAUUCCAUGGGAGUAAAGAAUGUGCAUGAGUUUUUUGAAUGAUCUAUUAUGUUUGUCUUUUAUUACUUCUGCUUUAGCUUUGAGUUGGAUGAUCUUGGCUUGUGUUCUAAUGAAAACUGUGAAAAUGGCUGCUGUUUUAGAUAGUAGUGAUGAUGAAAAAAUACUUAUAAAGAUGAUAAAUCUGAUAUAUUAGAUGUCUGCUGUAAAUGAAAUGAUUAAAGGAAAAAGAAAGGACAUUGUAUUGUUUUUGAAGGAGCACUAAGUGAUUUUCUCAUGGGUUUUCUUCAAAGAUUAUUACUUCUUACUUACUUGACCAACAUAAUCAUCCCAAACAUGUUGACGGUAAUCCCACAAGACUUCAAAGAAUGCAGUAUAAUAUAGCCCAGCCCUGGUGCCAUUCAAUAAAUACUGUGCUGUAUUAUUUCAAAUAAAUAGCUGGGGCCUACCCCAUGUCUUUAUUUAAAACAGAAAUUGAGGGAAAACACUUUUUUCCCCAUUCCUUUUCCCUUGUUUUAUGAGUAUAUUCAAUAGCUUAGUGAGACCUAUUUUCUCUGCCUCUGCCUUAAGCUAUUGUCAGUAGAAAUGUGGGCGGCUUGUGGGUUGUCCACUACAAGUACACAAUACAACCAUUUUUGUCUGUUGUCUUGACACAUUCAGUAUAAUGUAGCUCACCUUUCUACAGUACAAUUCCACCAGUGUCACUGAACUAUUCAUAUAUCAAUAUAUAAUUUUAUGUUAAUUUAUGUAACUCUGACUUCAAUGUCUGCUGAUAUCAGUCAAUAUCAAUGUGAUAGUAGCAACUCAGUGUAGCUCUCAGUCAGCUAGCUUGCUCAAUCUCAGUCAGUAGUGGGAAAUUGGGACAACAUGGAGUGUGUUUGCAAGAUUCACUAAACAAGUCAUCUUUCCAGGCGACAGUAGCUCAGAGGUAGAACAGGUCGUCCACUAAUCAGCUUGCUCAUCACUAAUGAGCAAGACACUGAACCCUUAAUUGCUCCCGAUGCUGUGCAUCAGUGUUUAAAUGUGAAUUAAUAAGUAUUAGUUUCCAUUUGAUGGCUUUUGCCAUCAUUGUAUGAAUGUGUGUGAAUGGGUGAAUGUGGCAUGUAGUGUUAAAGUGCUUUGAGUAGCCGAAGACUAGAAAGGCACUAUACAAUACAGUCCAUUUUCUUUUUACCAUUGAUGUUCACUAUAUAUAUAUAACUGCCUAAAACUGUUUUAGGUAGUUAUUGAUUACAAUUUAUCUGAAUUCUGAAUGAAAAUGUAUUUAUUUAUUUCAUAUCUAAGUAAUCUGUGUUUAUUAUGUUUUUAUAUUUAUAUACUGGUGGGUUAAUGCAGAUUGAUUUUAAAGGUCACAUUAGACUACAUCACUAAAGUGAUGAACAGAUGCUCACUGUGAUGUUUUCAGCAACAGGUUCAAGACUAAAACAACGCUGCUGAUAUUCAGUUAAAAUUUGCAAUACAUUUGGAUGGAAACACGGCUACUAGACACUUAAUUCACAACGUAUUGAUACAGAUUUGCAUUUAUAGUACUAUUAUUGACUGUUGACUACCUGUUUACAUAUCUGUUUAAAUAUAGUUAUUACUGCCCUUUAUACCUAUGUACUGUGUAUAUCAUAAUGUUUUAUUUAAGCUGUUUAAACAUUAAAGUUUUUAUAUUAAUGAAUGCACUGCCAUCUAAAAUCCUGUUCAUAACCUGUCUCCUAACUCAAUUUGCAAAUGAUUAUACUUUUGUAUACUUUUGCACUAUUUUAUGUCUUUUAUAGGAUUUUAAUUUUUAGUUGUUGGAGGGAGCCAUAUAUUUAAUUAUUUCAUUGCCAAUGACUUCUUCAC